AUGGAAUUUUUGGCUAUUCCAUGUAAGAGAACCUUAUCGGUGGAUUUACUUAAAAAUCUGGGCGAUUUGAUCAAUAAGAUAUCGUUACAAAAUCCAUCACUAUUCCAAAAUGACUUAAAUUUUGUUGAUCAAUUGAGAAAUAACAUCUUAGACACUGAUUUAUCUGAUCAAUCGUUAACUGACCACGUCUCUUAUUAUUAUUUGAUCGAUAAUUUAAUUAAAAAAUUCCCAUCAGAUCAAAUUGGUUUUACUUGGUAUCAAACUCUUUCUACUAGUUCAAUCUCUUCAAACCAAUAUUCCUUUCAAUGGGAUCAAGUAAAUGUACUAUAUAAUAUAGCGUCUCUGUAUAGUCUGAGGGCUAUUGAUUUAAAUCUAUCUAACAACGGUUCAUAUUUGACAAAACAAUGUAAAUAUUUCCAAUUAUCAGCAAUCAUUAUAAAUUUUAUUGUAAUAAACUAUAAUUCUAAUCUAUCAAGAGAUCAAGAAAUGAAUCUAUCAUCCUCCAAUGCUCCAGUAGCUGACACCCCCACCUUAUUAUCAUUGAAAUUUUUGAUGCUCGCACAGGCAAUGGAAUGUUUUUGGCAAAAGGCAAUUAAAGAUAAUUUGAAGGAUAAAAUUGUUGGCAAGAUGUCUUCUCAAAUUGUUCAAUUCUAUGAAGAUACGAUAAGAUAUGGUAAGAAAAGCAUUUUGAUUAGAUCAGAUUGGAUCGAUAAAUUUGAGGAUAAAAAAUUAUAUUUUCAGGCAGUUACAUUCUACAGAAUGGCUAAGGACUACCAUACAAGACAAAAAUAUGGAUUUGAGAUUUUUUGUUACCAAAGUGCAUCAACUUGUUUGGAGCAAUGUGGAAUCACAUCUGAUAAUUUUAGAUCAAAGAUUUAUGAAUCCUUACAUGAUGUAGAAAGAGAUAAUGAUUUCAUUUAUCAUCAAGCUGUACCAUCUGACCCGGUGUCUUUAAUAGAACCAUUAAGUAUGGUUAAUAUAGAUCUUAAUAUGAGAGAAACACUAUUCAAAAAUAUUUCAAUUGAUUUCAAAAAAAUAGAUAGGUUGUUUUAUAAACUGUUACCUUUAGAAGUUAUGGAAUAUGUGACAGUAUUCAAGGAAAGACAACAACAGCAUAUCCAGGAAAGAAUAAUAUCUCCGUUGUGCGCAUUAAAUAAACUAUUAAAAGAUAAAAUGCUCGAAAUAACAACUAACGAUACAUCUGUGAUUAAAUUAGCUAACAUACAUUCAAUUCCGAUUGAAGAACUUGAUAAAUACAAAUAUGCAUUAUCUGAUUUAAAACAAAAUCAAAUUAAUGUUCAAAAUCAACUAAACUACAUUGAAACAAUGCUAAAUGAUGAAGAGGAAAUGGAUAGAAAAUUUCGUCAUAAAUAUGGAUCAUUGGUUACAACUAUCGUUGAAUCAUCUACAGUUAAUAAACCGUAUUGGGAUAAAUUAAAUAUGUUGAGACAAUAUUUAAAACAGGGAUUGGAGGUAGAUAUGAAAACUAUGGAAGUUUUUGAAACCAUUGAUAAAGAUUUAAUUAGUGCCGAUAUUAAAUUACAUGUAAAUAAUGACCCAUUCAUUGAAAAAAUUAAUGAUACCAUAGAAAAGAGAGAUACAUAUAUUUCACAACUUGAAAAUAAAAAAUGGGAUAACUCGAUAUUGCCUGAAUUAAUUGAUGAAUAUAGAUUAAGCAAUAGUGUAAGUAAUUUUGAAUCAAUAUAUUUAUCACAUCUUAAUGCUACCUUUAAAGAGAGUAUGUUAUUUAUUGAAAGUGAAAAGAAGAUUAACCAAGAUUUGAUUUCUGCAAUUGCCUUGAAGAAGCAAGAGGCUAAAGAAAACUAUAGGAAUGAUGCAACCAUUAAAAGAUUGACUCCUCGUGAUCUUUACAUUGAAGAAUUUAAAUUUUCUUUAAAACUUUUAGAACAAGUUAAAUCAAACAUCAUAGAUGCCUCCAAAUUUUAUGAAGAUUUGAUAAACUCUGUCAAUAAUUUCAGUAAUGAGGUGAAUGAAUAUAUUCAUACUAGGAAAUUAGAACAUGAAAAAGUAAAUACCCAAUCACUGGAUUAG